UCGAAAUCAUCAAAAGAAAUUCCAUGGAAUGAUAGCUGGUCCUGCUCUGCAAUGUCUGUGUCUGAAAUCCCACAUGACAGCAGACAAAAUGGAGGAGAAGAGAGACACCUGCAAGCCAACCAAGAAGUCAGUGUGGUUUUUGAGUAUCCGAAUAAUACCAUCAAGACCUCAAAAUAUAAUGCUUUUAACUUCCUGCCCCUGAACCUAUUUGAACAGUUCCAGAGACUUGCAAAUGCAUAUUUCCUCAUUUUGCUAUUCCUACAGCUGAUUCCCCAGAUCUCUUCCUUGCCAUGGUACACAACUGUGAUACCCCUCGUGGUGGUGCUGUCCAUAACAGGCGUGAAAGAUGCCAUCGACGACAUGAAAAGGCACCAAAGUGAUAAUCAAGUCAACAACCGCUCUGUCCUAAGGCUGGUGAAAGGCAGGAUGGAGGAAGACAAAUGGAUGAAUGUCCAAGUGGGAGAUAUAAUCAAACUAGAAAAUGAUCAGCCUGUUACGGCAGAUAUGCUGUUACUCUCUAGCAGUGAGCCAUACGGCCUGGCGUACGUAGAAACAGCAGACCUGGAUGGGGAAACCAACCUGAAAGUGAAGCAGGCCAUCACAUGCACCAGUGACAUGAAAGAUAACCUGGACUUGCUGUCUGCCUUUGAUGGAGAAGUGAGGUGCGAGCCUCCCAAUAACAAGCUGCACAGAUUCACAGGAGUACUGACCUAUAAGGGGAAGGACUACUUCCUGGACCAUGACAAGCUACUGCUCCGAGGCUGUGUCAUUAGGAAUACAGAUUGGUGCUAUGGCUUGGUGAUUUAUACAGGGCCUGACACCAAAUUAAUGCAGAACAGUGGAAAGUACACCUUUAAGCAGACACACGUAGACCGGCUCAUGAAUAUCCUUGUGCUCUGGAUUUUCCUGUUUUUAGUCGCCAUGUGUCUUAUGCUAGCAGUUGGGCAUGGCGUUUGGGAGAACAAGAUUGGCUACUACUUCCAGAUUUUUCUGCCAUGGGAAAAUUAUGUCUCUUCAUCAUUUGUCUCUUCUCUCUUCAUUUUCUGGUCCUACUUCAUUGUUCUCAACACCAUGGUGCCCAUUUCCCUCUACGUGAGUGUUGAACUAAUAAGACUGGGCAACAGUUACUAUAUCAACUGGGAUCAGAAGAUGUUUUAUGCACCAAAGAGCACUCCAGCCCAGGCUCGCACCACUACCCUUAAUGAGGAACUUGGACAGGUUAAAUAUGUUUUCUCCGACAAAACAGGGACCUUGACUCAGAACAUCAUGCUUUUCCACAAGUGUUCUAUUAAUGGGACUCUCUAUGAAAACCAAGAUGUACAUUAAUCUCUGAAAGACAAGAUCGACUUUGCCUACAACAAACUGGCUGAUCCUAAGUUCUCAUUUUAUGACAAGACUUUGGUGGAAGCGGUGACAAAGGGAGAUCACUGGGUACACUUGUUUUUCCUGUCGCUCUCAUUGUGUCAUACGGUGAUGUCAGAGGAGAAAGUAGAAGGUGAGCUUGUGUACCAGGCUCAGUCCCCCGACGAAGGCGCCCUGGUCACUGCUGCCAGGAACUUUGGCUUUGUGUUCCGUUCCCGCACCUCUGAGACUAUCACGGUGGUGGAAAUGGGGGAAACAAGAGUCUACCAGCUGCUGGCGAUUUUGGACUUCAACAAUGUGCGCAAGAGGAUGUCUGUUAUUGUGCGGACGCCUGAAAAUCGGGUAAUGUUGUUCUGCAAGGGUGCAGACACCAUCAUCUGUGAGCUGCUUCAUCCAACCUGUGUUCCCCUCUGUGAUAUGACCCUGGAACACUUAGAUGAUUUUGCCAGUGAAGGGCUGCGCACACUAAUAGUGGCCUACCGCGAACUGGACAACAAGUUCUUCCGGACCUGGGCCAUGAAGCACAGUGAAGCCUGUCUGUCUUUGGAUAAUCGGGAAAAAAAAUUAUCAGUUGUCUAUGAAGAGGUUGAAAAGGACUUGAUGCUGUUAGGGGCCACAGCCAUCGAGGACAAGCUGCAAGAUGGAGUUCCUGAGACAGUCAUGACCCUGAGCAAAGCCAAAAUUAAAAUAUGGGUUUUAACUGGAGAUAAGCAAGAAACUGCGGUAAACAUUGCCUACUCCUGUAACAUAUUCGAGGACGAAAUGGACGAGGUGUUCACCGUGAAAGGCAAGGACAGUGAGACCGUUCGUCAAGAACUCAGGAAAGCAAGGAGCAAGAUGAAACCCGAUUCUCUCCUGGACUCGGACCCAGUGAACAUCUUCCUCGCCAAGAAGCACAAGGCACUCUUCACAGUGCCUGAAGAGGUGCCCAAUGGCAACUACGGUUUGGUCAUCAAUGGCUACAGUCUGGCCCACGCUCUAGAAGGGGACGUGGAGUUGGAACUGCUGCGAGUGGCAUGCAUGUGCAGAGGGGUGAUCUGCUGCCGGAUGACACCCCUUCAGAAGGCCCAGGUGGUAGAGCUGGUGAAGAGGUACAAGAAGGUGGUGACACUGGCCAUCGGGGAUGGGGCCAAUGACGUCAGCAUGAUCAAAGCUGCCCACAUCGGCGUCGGCAUCAGCGGCCAGGAGGGGAUGCAGGCCAUGCUCAACAGCGACUUCGCCUUCUCCCAGUUCUACUACCUCCAGCGUCUCAUCUUGGUGCAUGGCCGCUGGUCCUACAAUCGCAUGUGCAAGUUUCUCAGCUACUUCUUUUACAAGAACUUUGCCUUCACCCUGGUACACUUCUGGUACGCCUUCUUCAACGGGUUCUCUGCACAGACAGUUUAUGACAACUGGUUCAUCACCUGCUACAAUCUGAUCUACACGUCCCUCCCCGUCCUGGGCAUGAGUCUGUUUGACCAGGAUGUGAAUGAUACGUGGAGCCUACGUUUCCCAGAGUUGUAUGAGCCAGGCCAGCUCAACCUCUAUUUCAACAAGAAAGAAUUUAUGAAGUGUUUGAUACAUGGGAUCUACAGUUCCCUCGUGCUGUUCUUCAUCCCCAUGGGCGCCGUUUACAACUCUGAGCGCAAUGAUGGGAAGGAAAUCUCCGACUACCAGUCCUUCUCCUUGAUAGUGCAGACCUCCUUGAUCUGGGUGGUCACAACACAGAUUGCCCUGAAGAUAACCUACUGGACAGUGAUAAGCCACUUCUUCAUCUGGGGUAGCCUGGGCAUCUACUUUUGCAUCUUAUUCCUCCUGUACAGUGACGGAUUGUGCCAGAUGUUCCCCAGCGUCUUCCAAUUCCCAGGUGUGGCCAGGAACACUUUGAACCAGCCACAGCUGUGGCUGAGCAUUUUCCUCAUCGUGGUGCUCUGCGUGCUGCCUGUGAUUGGGUACCAAUUUCUCAAACCUCUGUUCUGGCCCGUCAGCGUGGACAAGAUUCUUAAGAGGAUUCAUUAUUGCAUGAAACAUCCACUGCCACCUCCAAUCCGGCCCAGACGGAGACGCCCAGGCCUUCGACGUUCUGCCUAUGCGUUUUCCCACCAGCAUGGCUUUGGGGCCCUCAUUACUUCUGGCAAGACGGUGAAGUCCAAGGCACUCAAAAACAGCUUUCCUGCCAAAAAGUAG